AGGGGCAAAGAACAUGGCAAGGUUACACAUGAAAACUGCAGUCUGUUUUCUUCUUUCACACUCACAGAAAGAGAGAAGUAGAGAAAGGAAGCUUCAGUUUUGCUCUUACCUCUGUAAUAUCACACUAAGCCAUAAACUAAAAACAGAACGGAAGAACUGAAUGCCAAGGAAGCGAGUACAUUCAUGAUACAGAGAGCCAGGAAAGAAGGAAAAGACAGAGAGACUAUUAGAACAAUAAAAUAAACAAGGCGGCUACACAUUGGCAGAGUUUACAGGACCAACUCUGACAUCAGUGAAGUGAGAGAGGAAAACGGGUGCAACAUUGCUUUACGGAAACCGCUUGUCAGUUUCAUGCUGACACAGUUUGAAAAUAGGAAACAGACGCUUAAGAGAAACAGAAAGGGAAAGAAAGACAAAAGGAUAAAACAAAGCCCAUUUAAGCCAAACCAUGUUGAUGAAAGAAUACCGGAUAUGCAUGCCGCUCACUGUUGAUGAGUACAAGAUCGGCCAGUUAUACAUGAUCAGCAAGCACAGCAAUGAGCAGAGCGGAGGAGGCGAAGGGGUGGAGGUCGUCCGUAAUGAACCCUGCACAGACCCCAAACACGGAGCCGGACAGAUCACAGAGAAACGCAUCUACCUCAACAGCAAACUGCCAACCUGGAUAAGAAAGUUUGUCCCCAUGGUUUUUUAUAUCACAGAAACCGCCUGGAACUUCUACCCUUACACUGUAACAGAGUACACGUGUUCCUUCCUACCGAGGUUCCAUGUCAAGAUUGAGACGCACUUUGAGAAUGACAACGGUUGCAAUGAAAAUGUGUUUGGUGAUGACCCCACUCCAAAGGACAGUGCCUGCUUUUUGGAUAUUUUAAGCGAUCCAAUCCCUGACAAGCAUUAUAAGAAGUCGGAGGAUCUGAGCAACUGGGUGUCACAGAAAACAGGCCGGGGACCCCUUGUGGACGGCUGGAGGAACACCACUAAACCUAUCAUGUGCUCCUACAAAAGAGUCACCUGUAGCUUUGAGGUCUACGGCUUCCAGGGGCGAACAGAGGACUUCAUUCACAGGAACAUUCGUGACAUUCUGUUGGUGGGACACAGACAGGCAGUGGCAUGGAUUGACGAGUGGCAUGGAAUGACACUCGAGCAGGUGAGAGAGUAUGAGAGAAAACAGCAGGAGGAAACCAACAGCAAACUCAAUAGUGACAUUACCUGCACAGACUCUGCUCCAAUGCGACCCAGCUUCACUCGCUCCAUGUCUGUUACAGAUGAAUCGUCACUGAAAAAGAUGGGUGUAAAGACUGUAGACAUUCCAAGCUCUCCGUCCUGCCCUUCCUCCCUCAAAAAUCCCGUGAGAUUAAACUCUACACCAGAAUAACACCACAUCGUCCACUGCCAGUACCUAGCCUACUAUUAACAAAAUUCUGGACUUGGACAUUCUCUUCUAACCAAAACUAGAAAGACUUUGUCACAUUGUCACUCACUGCUCUCCGUUCCAUCUGGACUUGCAUGCUUGUGUUCCAUGCAGAGGCUGGCAUCUGACAAAAACAUCUUACUGAAGAAUUGUAGAUAUUAUGUAAAAAGACUCUGGCUUCGCAUGAAGUGAACCCAUAGUGCCUUAAUUCAUGUUUCUCACAGACCUCACCAAAAUGGAUUGAACAAAUGGUAAAUUCCCCUGCUUACAAACAUGAAGGGGACCACAGAAUGCAGAUGAAUGAAUGAAUGAAUGAAU